GGCUUCUGCUUGGGAAGGGCGCGUUUCCUGUCGCCCCUGCCGGAGGCCUGUGCCGCACACCCGCUGCAAACCCGGUCGGGGCCGAGGCGCAGCCCUGGUGCAGAAGGGAGAGAGGAGGUCGCUGGGGAGAGAAGUCAGUAGGAGAUGGAAUAUCUCUUUCCCCCCCGCACCUCCUUUCCCCCAUUCUUUUUUCACCUUCUGCCCUGGGGCCUUAUUCAGUAUUUGCAACUCCAUGGCCUAGAAUCUGGGCUCGCCUUUAGAAUAAAUACACUGAUAAUAAACACCCUAGCGGCGGGUACCACACCCUGGCUUGGAAUUAGGGAACCUGGGGAGCAGAUGGAUGAUGCGAUUUAGUGGAAAUAAGCCAUUAAUGCCGGCUGGCCCUGCGCCACUGUUUGGAUGCGAUAGUAUUCCGUGUGAAUGAACGCGAUCUGCAGCUUCCAGUUUGUCCAACAGAGCACAGCUACUGCAGAGAGCACUGAUCGGUUUGCAAUAUCCAUCGAUUUAGGCAGAGAUUUUGUGACAUAUCUGUUGAAUGAGUAGAAAUGCCAUUUUUAUUAAGGAUGACAGUCAACAGUUGAAUUGCCUUUCCUUAAUGUAUUUUCUCAUUAAAUAACUCUCUCAACUUACAAAAAGUAUGUGGAGUGUAAAUUAUGCAUGCAUUUUUUGAAAAAUCGCAUGAAAUAGAGGAAAAUACCAAGUGGGGAUCAGCUUCUGAGUCAGCAGUGUGAAAUCUACCUCAACUUUGUGCUGAGGCCUUUUGGGGAUACCUAUGUAUGUAUGUAUACUGCUGUACCUAUGUAUGUUGUUAAGAUAUAGUGAGGUGCUUAGUGAGCUUAUACUGUACAUGUUUUUAGAAAAAUUUUUCUUAUACAAGACUUAAUCUAAUAUUGCUGGGUAUAAAUGAAAAUACAUAAUGAAUUUCCAUAACAAUACUUUGUGCUUUCCUGGCUCAAAACGAGAAAGAAGAGAAGGAAUACAGGGCUUUUUGAAAUUUUGCUUUGUUUUUUAACUUUUAAUGUAACUCAUAACCCUUGUUAUUUAUAACAUUUGUGACUGAUUCUUUAAAAUAACUUAAUCCAGUGUUUUCAGUUUUCUUAUCAGGUAAACGUGUUUAAGCUUCUAAAAUGUCAUCUCUCAAGCACCUAGUUUAUGCAGUGAUUCGUUUCUUACGGGAACAAAGUCAGAUGGAUGCUUAUACUUCAGAUGAACAAGAAAGCUUGGAAGUUGCAAUUCAGUGCUUGGAGACAGUUUUUAAGAUCAGCUCAGAAGAUACACACCUCGCAGUUCCACAGCGUUUGACAGAAAUGUUUACGAAUUCCUUCUGUAAGAAUGACAUUCUGCCCCUAUCUAAUUCAGUGCCUGAAGAUGUGGGGAAAGCUGACCAAUUAAAAGAUGAAGGCAAUAAUCACAUGAAAGAAGAAAAUUACGCUGCUGCGGUGGACUGCUAUACACAGGCAAUAGAAUUGGAUCCAGAUAAUGCAGUUUAUUAUUGCAACAGGCUGGCCCUCACCGCCAUGAAUAAAUUUGAAGAAGCAGUUACAAGUUAUCAGAAGGCAAUAGAUCUUGACCCUGAAAAUGAUUCCUAUAAGUCAAAUCUGAAAAUAGCAGAACAGAAGUUAAGAGAGGUAUCCAGUCCUACAGGAACUGGAUUGAGCUUUGACAUGGCCAGCUUGAUAAAUAAUCCAGCCUUCAUUAGUAUGGCAGCAAGUUUAAUGCAGAACCCUCAAGUUCAACAGCUAAUGUCAGGAAUGAUGACAAAUGCCAUUGGGGGACCUGCUGCGGGAGUUGGGGGCCUAACUGACCUGUCCAGCCUCAUCCAAGCGGGACAGCAGUUUGCUCAGCAGAUACAGCAACAGAAUCCUGAGCUUAUAGAGCAACUGAGAAAUCACGUCCGGAGCAGAUCAUUCAGCAGCAGCGCUGAAGACCAUUCUUGAUUUGACUAGGAACCUUAGCCCUGAGUGCAAAUGAUUUAUGGCUCUGAAAUCUUCACUGUAGGGAGUGGCCAAAAACACUACCAUAUCUGAUGUUUGAAAAUAGUGGAGGAAAAACUCUUGUGUAUAUUCCUAAAGAAUAAAUCUGUUUAGAUAAUAGGUUUAUCACAGACUUGAACAUAACAUGACUCCUUUGGAAGGCUUAUUAACUGAAGUGCCAAUAUAGCACUAGACAAGGUUCCAUUUUCAAACCUUUGUUAUCAUAUUUGUAUAUUACACUUAACAGCAGAGUGUAUUUAUUGAAGAGUAGGGGUGUUUAUCAGUGAGUUUUCUAUCUCCAAAUUCCCUUAAGCAAACUUUUUUGAGAGGGGAGAAGAGUAAGAGGAAAUGUUUCCCAUGCUGGUCUAGAAAAACUAUACUUGCCAUGGACAUGAGUAGCAGCAUGUCAGAAGAAAGUUGUUACCUAGGUUUAGCUUUCAUAGUGCCAUCAGCAAUGAACGUCUGUCAUAGAUGCGAGUACCACCUUUAAUGCUGCUUGUUCCAAUGAGUGACAUCUUAGGAGCUCGUAGAAAGUCGCAUUUGGUGCAAGGGAUGUUGUUUUGGAAAGAAAAAAAUAGAUGAAGUAAACGUAUAGAAAGUAAAGGUCGGAUGCUCAGGUUUUCUGCAUAGUUCUUAACCACUCUUGCCUGCAGUUUGGUGUUGAUAACAUUAGCAUGGCCAGUUGUGCUAAGUUCAUAAUAAAAUACAUUUAGAAAUCCUUAAUGGUACUGGUUAGGUCAGUCAUAUAACUAUUCAACUUAAUUAGCACAAUUUCACCAGUGGUGACCUUAACAUGGAAACUCUGAUAUAGGUCAGAUAUACCUGUAUUUUAAAAAACCAGUGGCUUGGCCGUAAGGAUUUUCUAAGUGGCAUUUGAUUUGUUCCAAAAUAUUGAUUUUUUUUAAAGCUCAGUAAUUAUUUGAUGGAUUACAAAAAACAUCUAACAUUGCUUGCUCGUGUCAUCUGUUGUAAUUUGGCUUGGCAUGCCACAUGUAUGCUUAACUUUAAUUUGAUGCAACUGAAACAAUUAGGAAACUUAAAAUGUUGUAUUGUAAAUUAGAUUCCAUAAUAGUGGAGAGACGUGACAUUAGGUAGUAAUGGAAUAACUCUAUCUACAGUGACAGAUAAGACUGUUCAAAUUCCAAUUAGAAUUUCUUUUGUUAAUCCUGAAUUUGGCAAAGUGAGGCUGACAUGUAAUGAUUUCACAAGUUUUGUGAGGGAAAACUGAAAAAGAAAGUAAUAUAAAAUUAAAGUAAUAAUGUUGAUGAUCAAAGUCUUGUUAUUACUGUUCAUUCAUAAAACCUAAUUAAUUGGGAUCUUGGAGUUUAAAAAUCAACUUUUUCUUUCUUUCCCUUUCUGAGAUCUGAAUAGGGGUUCUAUAGUUUCAUUGUACCAAACGUCUGGGGCAUUUAUUAAAAAUGCAGAACCAGGGCUAUGCCCCAAAUUUUGAUUUAGUAGGUCCUGUAAUAUGGCCUGGAAACCCUGGUGGCGUAGUGGUUAAGUGCUACAACUGCUAACCAAGAGGUCGGCAGUUUGAAUCCACCAGGUGCUCUUUGGAAACUCUAUGGGCCCGUUCUACUCUGUUCUAUAGGGUUGCUAUGAGUUGGAAUCGACUCGACGGCAGUGGGUUUGGUUUUUUGGUUUGGUAAUAUGGCCCAGGAAUCAACAUUUUAAACAGAAUACCAGGUGGUUCUGAUUGUAGGUCCAAGGACUCUAACUUAGAAAAUAGAGAUUUCUCUUGAAUUCAACCAGGAAACAGACGUCUGGGUUCUGGCAACAAGGAAGACCUAUAUGAAUUUAUGGGUCUUGCCAGAGAAGACCAGGACUUAAAUCUUAGGUUCUUUGAAAUUAAAUCUCUGUAGUGAUUAAGCACUCGGCUGCUAACCAAAAGGUCAGCAGUUCAAACCCAGCAGCGUUCCAUGGGAGAAAGAUGUGGCCUCUGCUUCCGUAAAGAUUACUGCCUUGGAAACCCUAUAGGCAGUUCUACUUUGUCUUACAGGGUUGAUAUGAGUUGGAACUGACUCCGUGGCAAUGGGUUUGGUUUAUAUUCUAUCUAAAUCAACUUAAUUUUUCAUGAAGUUAGAUUCACCUCUUAGUGUUCAAGUGCUACGCAGAAUAAAAUGCUAACUAAUCACAUAGAAGUGAUGAAAAAACAAAUGAGAACCGAAGUUGAUCCUUAAUUAAAAACUAAUCAUUCUUAUCCAAUGUCGAAUAAGAAAUUAAAGUUUCUAGCCUGUCCUGAGUGCAUUAAAAAUACUUUAAGAUUAAUUAAAAUUGGUAAGCCUCUAGCCAGACUAAGAAAAAACAGAGAAAAUACAAAUUAACACUAUCUGCAAUGAAAGGAGAUACCAGUAGAUGCUGUAGACAUUAAAAGGAUAAUCAGAAAAUACUAAGA